AUGACUUCAGCGCAUCACGUUCUUCGUGUAGAAGGUGGAGCCCCUAAGAUUGUUGUCAACACAGGACGAUCAUGUAUUGAAGUGAAUGCCAGUCAUGGUUUACCAAAGAUAGAAGGAUUGAUGCCUCGAUUUGUUACUCCAAAAGACACCUUCAAAUACAUUGGACCUGAUCACGCUCCUUCUCUACCUACUCUUCCUCCUGACAUUGCUGCGUCUGCGUUCCCAAUUCCUGACGCUCUAGGUGGACCU